UUUUCCCUUCCUUGUUCUCUUCUCGCAGAUCUGUUUUUGCAUCUUGUCUUCGAAUAUCACUCACACUUCGGCGAGUAUGUCUGGGACGCAGUUUCACUUGUCAUCCAGCACCACUCGCAUUGCUCAAGACAAUACAAUGCUCCAUCGCUAAAAUGGACGAGUCGUUGAAUUGCCAUUGAUUUCGAUGUGUGUACCUCCGCCGACGUCCAACAUUCAGCUUGUCGUUUGCUUCGUGCGAUACUUGCGGCCUGUCAGAAUGGUUGAUAUCCGCGGUCCCCUCAUGUUAGAUGGUAACUGUGAAUUCGUUUGCGACCUUCAGUAUGAGAAGGGAUGCCAAUAUUCCCUGGAUAAGUCACAGUAGCUUUCUCCUCCUGGCAUGUGCAACAACGCAUGGGGCUUCGUCGUGCGUUUUCUCCACUCAAUAUCUUGCCAAUAUUCUUCCUGCCGCAAACCCCGGACUCUCUCCCAGUCUUUCCCAAACAAGCAGUGCAGUCGGGCUCUCGUAAACCCACCCGAUUGGCUCCUCCGGUUAUUUGUGACACGGUUUGUCUUCUAACUCAUAAGCCGGUCCCAGCUUGCUCGGCAGCGAACUACUUCUAACGUACUUCUCCACGUCCUAAGCUGUGUUUAAAAGAAGGUACCCGUUUGGGGAUGCAAAUGACCCGAUAUAUCCAGUAUCAUGCAUGCUCCUUCUCUUUCGUUAUGUGUUCCGUCUCGCUUGUUGGUUUUGGUGCGUGGACCUCUGUCUAUUGCUCCAACUCACUCUCCGGUCGUACCUCCGCACUUCACCCGCCAGACGCACGGACCAGACACUCCAAUAUAAAGCUUUCUCCUACCUUCGGUGGUUCUCCAGUUGAACAUUCACAACGUUCACUACCUCGUUAACUUCGUCGCUCUUUUCGUUCUCAACGCAACCCACACUUUCGUUUCCAACCCCCCACUCGACAUCCAAAAUGUUCAUUCGCGCGUCCCUGCUUUUCCUGGCCACCAGCGCCGCUCUCGUCGCCUCGCUGCCUUGCAACGAUCCUUCGCACACUUCCUCUUCUUCCAUUAACAACACUCCACCCUUGCCCACCGGCUCCCCACCUGACUUCCCUCCCAUCUUUCCACCAGUUUUGCCUACGGGCUCUAUUCCUUUCCCUACAGGCUCCGACUCUUGGCCUCCACUUCCCGUCACAGAUGGCAGCCCGCCUUCUUUGCCCACCGGUACUGACUACCCGAGUUGGCCUGGCAUUCCUCCCUUGCCCAGCAUCAUUCCCGGUACCCCUGGUGGUAACCCGUCGUACCCUCCCACCAACCCGAGCGGUACAAUCCCCAACGUACCCACCAACCCUCCUUCGAAGCCUACCUCUCCGUCGUAUCCCGGAACCACUUCCGCGUUAGCGACUGGCGUAUCCUCCGCUCCUUUGACCCAGCCCAGUCAACCUGCCUCAGGUGGCUCCGGAUCUGGAUCUGGGUCGGGUGGCUAUGGAUCGGAUGGGGGUCAUUGCAACACUGGUCCAGUUCAGUGCUGCAACAGCGUGCAGUCUGCUGGUUCACCUGAGGCCAGCAAACAGCUUGGAUUGUUGGGCAUCGUCUUGGGUAAUUUGAACACUCCGGUCGGCUUGACGUGCUCACCUAUCACCGCCGUUGGUACUGGAGGUGGUGGCAACUGUGCCGCGACUCCCGUCUGCUGCGAGAACAACUCCUACAACGGUCUUGUCAACAUCGGUUGCGUUCCGAUCGUCGUUCAGCUUUGAGCAUCCACGCUUCGCUUGGCCGUAGUGCAAUCUAUGUUAUCAUCACUUUAGUCGCAUCCUCUUAUAUUAAUUGAAGUCAUUCUGCUAUAAAAGUCACGUCGAAGGCUACUGUUCCGUCGUUUACUAUGACUCUUUGUAUUGUCACCGUCUGCCGAUCCAUCUCGUGUCGGUUAUAUCAGACCUCUGGACCCAGGGUCGUAUUACUCUAGUGACAGGCGUAGAUUUUCGAUCUCAAUAAUUAGUCACCUUGCCAUUGUUUCACAUUGUUUUCCAUACCUUCACCAUUCACCUGUGCUCUGCUUCACCACUAGUAUGGAUUCAAUCAUAUAACCUCACUGAAUUUCUUAAAGCUCAACCUUGUGUUAGGAUGGUGUUGGUCCAGUGUCAAUAAAAUGCUGGGUCUUUGAAAGCU